AAAGUCAAACUAAACUAGAAAGAACCCGAAGCUACGUUGUAUAGUGAUAGUGAUUGUCGUUUCUCCUAAACCAUGAAAAUCUAUCACGUUCCUUGUCUGCAAGACAGUUAUUCAUACUUAAUUGUCGAUGAGAGCAGCAGAGAAGGUGCGGUGGUGGAUCCUGUAGAGCCUGAGAAGGUUCUAGAAGCUGCCAAUUCUCAUGGAGUCAAUCUCAAGCUUGUCCUCACCUCACAUCGUCACGGGGAUCAUGCUGGUGGAAAUGAAAAGAUAAAGCAAUUGGUGCCUGGAAUCAAGGUUUAUGGUGGUUCAGUGGAUAACGUCAAGGGUUGCACUGAUAAGGUUCAAAAUGGGGAUAAGGUGUCCCUUGGGGCUGAUGUUAAUAUAUUGUCUCUCCACACACCGUGCCACACCAAAGGUCACAUAAGCUAUUAUGUUACUGGAAAAGAGGAUGAGCAACCUGCUGUUUUUACUGGAGACACACUGUUUAUUGCUGGUUGUGGGAAAUUUUUUGAAGGAACUGCAGAACAGAUGUAUCAGUCACUCUGUGUAACAUUAGGUUCAUUACCAAAAUCAACCCGAGUUUACUGUGGCCAUGAGUAUGCAGAGAAGAACUUGCAAUUUGCUCUGACUAUUGAGCCAGAUAAUUCGAGGAUACAACAGAAAUUAACAUGGGCUCAGAAUCAGAAGCAAGCUGGCCUACCUACAAUUCCCUCUACCAUUGAGGAAGAGAUGGAAACCAACCCUUUUAUGAGGGUUGAUUUACCUGCCCUUCAGGUUUGCCCCCGCUUACCCAUUUUUUCUGACUAAAGGGUAUGCUUAAGAGAGCACAAAUUAAUAGGAGGAGAAGAUAGGGUGCAAGUCUCCAAUUGAAGCAUUAAGAGAGUUAAGGAAGGUGAAAGACAAGUGGAAGGGGUAGGGUAAUGGAAUUUCCAUCCUCCAAGUGCAGGUAUUUUAUAUAUAUGCAUCUUGUAAAUGGUGUUGCUGAAACUGAAAAGGAGAUAUGAGAUAGUUGUCAUGUUAGGGGAGUGGAUUGUGAUUAAAUUUUCGCGUACUGUCAUAUAGACACGUAUGUUACGUUGGUUGGUCUAAUACUAAGAUGUUCCAUUCCAUUCA